GGGCCGGCGGCGCACAGCACCCCCCCCAGCUCGGCCGGGCUCCCCCCGGGCAGCUCACACACCCCGCCCCGCUGCCCUUGUCCCUCCCCCGGCCCCUCUUGGGCUGCGCAUUGAGACCCCUGGCGAGGGGGCCCCGGGGGCCCGGCCCGGGAAGCGAAGUGACCUGCAUGGGAGGAAGGGGAGCCAGUCACAGGGGGCCACCAAGGGAGCGUCUGGGCAGGAUGCCGGAGGGUCUGGCCAAGGCUCCCUGCCAGGGGGAGGGGACCACGGCACUUGGGGGGCUCCCAGGGUCCUGGGUGAGAGUCUAUUAGCAAUGGAUGGUAAUGGGCUAGGAGGCCUCCUUCACCCUGGCCGCCCGCGCCCACCUGGGGAGCCGGGCGCACUGGCAUCUCCCCCCAGCGGGAAGGCGCAGUGACGCGGUCUCCCAGCCCUGCUCUGGUCUCCCCCAGGACGAGACGUGCCAUGGCUCCGUGCAGCCUCCUGCUUCUGCUGCUGCCCUGGCUGGUCACUGCAGGGCGAGCUGCUACCCCUGGGUGCAAGAUCCGGAUCACCUCCAAGGGCCUGGAGCUGGUGAAGCAGGAAGGGCUGCGCUUUGUGGAGCAGGAGCUGGAGCACAUCAGCAUCCCUGACCUGCAUGGGAAGGAAGGGCAAUUCCAGUACAACAUCAGCGGGGUGAAGGUGACGGACCUGCAGCUGGCGCUCUCCAACCUGCACUUCCGGUCCCCGCAGCACCUCGCCUUCAACAUCAACAACGCCUCCAUCAGCCUGCGCUUCCGGCGCCAGCUGCUCUACUGGUUCUUCUACGAUAUUGGCUCCAUCAACGCCUCUGCCGAAGGCGUCAACAUCCGCACCCGGCUGAAGCUGUCCAUGGACAAGGUCGGGCGCCUCAAGAUCUCCAACAUCUCCUGCAACGCCUCCAUUGCCAGGAUGCAGACAGGUUUCACGGGCACACUCAGGAAGGUCUAUGAAUUCCUGUCUACCUUCGCCACCACAGGAAUACGCUUCCUUGUCAACCGGCAGAUCUGCCCAGCGCUGCGCUACGCGGGGCUUGUGCAGCUGAACUCGCUGCUGGACACCGUGUCGGUGCGCAGCCCGGUGGACGAGCACAUCAGCAUCGAUUACUCCCUCCUCAGCAACCCCGUCGUCUCCCCUGACACCCUCGAUCUGGACUUCAAGGGCAUGUUCUACUACCGGUGGAACGAGACGCUGGCGAACCAGGCGGUGGCACCAGUGAUCAAGGAGACGGAGCGCAUGGUCUACGUGGCUUUCUCCGAGUACUUCUUCAACUCUGCCAUGGAUGCCUACUACCAGGCGGGGGUGCUGAGCAUGGAGAUUGCAGGGGAGGAGGUGCCCAAGGAUCUGGAGGUUUUGCUGAGAGCCUCGUUCUUCGGAAGCAUCAUCAUGCUGAGCCCCGCUGUGGUGGACGCGCCCCUGAAGCUGGUGCUGCAGGUGUCGGCUCCUCCACUCUGGACAAUCAAGCCCUCGGGCACCUCCGUCUCGGUCAUUGCCGUCCUUAACAUCUCCCUGGUGCCCGUCGACCAUCCCGCCAUCCAGCUCUCCAGCAUGACCAUGGACGCCAAGCUGAGUGCCAAGAUGUCUUUGCGAGGGAAAGCGCUGCAGGUGCAGUUGGAUCUGCGAAGGUUCCGGAUCUACUCCAAGCAGUCGGCACUGGAGUCCCUGGCGCUCUUCCCAUUGCAGGCCCCCCUGAAGACACUGCUGCAGCUGAUGAUCAUGCCCAUCCUUAAUGAGAGGACAAAGAAGGGCGUCCCGAUCCCCCUGCCUGAGGGCAUGGACUUCACCAAGGAGGUAGUCACCAGCCAUGUGGGAUUCAUCACGGUGGGGGCAGAUCUCCAUUUCUCCCAGGGACUUCGGGAGGUGAUUGAGAAAUACCAGCCUGCCCGGGCCGGCCGCCUGCCGAGCCCGGAACCAACAGCGCCAACUGGCUCUGACCCUCCCCUGCCGAGUUCCUUCAACACUACGGCGCCCCAGGCCAGCCUUCUCUAGAAAGCGCCCACCGGCUCGGCCUGCGCCGGGGCGAUGGCAGGAGCUAGCCCCUGGCUGGAGCAGCUCGGGGAAGCAGGGCAGCAGUUGCACUGUGACACUAAUAAACAGGGUUAGACACGG